AUGUUGGCCAUCGCCAACACGCAGGCAAACAGCCUUGCCCAAAGAUCAGCUGCAACUGAAAGCGCUUUUCAGUAUCACCUAAAGGCGAGGAGGGACGUGCAGUUUGGGCCGGUACCAGUUGCCGAAAGCAACACCGGGGUCAUCGUUGUGCAUCAGUACAUUGGGCUUCCUCCAAACAUUGGGCAGGAGAUUGUCCGGCAUGACGACUACAUCCGCAGCCAAGACUGGACAAAGUUGCACAUGCCGCGAUCUCGGGAGGAGAUUAUGCAUCAGGCAGACCUCCAGCCAACAGGCGAGGGCCUGUUCCAUGGCGUACAUGGAAAACAGCAGGCAACGAGGUCGUACGGUGAUUCAGCCGCGGCCAGCUCCUUCAAGAUGCCCAGGUGGAGGCAUCUGAGCGACAGAGCGAGGCUAAGUCGGACCGGCAACAUGGUCGCUCACGUUCUAUCGAGUGAAAUCAUGAACGAGCGGGGCGUUGAAGAGUUCUUCUCCCGGCCAGAGGCCGUUUCGCAUGAAGAAAGUCGAUCGGUCUGA